CAGAACAGAACAAAACAGAACACAGAACCCAUGAAAUGAAACAGAGAAAGUGAAGAAACCCAACUUUUGCUUUUUAAUGCUCCUCUCUCUCACCUCUCUCACUCUAUAUAUACAUAACUCUCUCUCUCUCUCUCUCUCUCUCUCUCUCUUUCACUUUCUCACACACGCACUGCUUUAUCUUUUCUGGAAUCCGAGCUUCCUCUUUUCUCCUUUCUUUUUUAUUUUAAUUUGUUAGUAAAUUAUUUUGAUUAUUAUUUUGAGGGAGGGGGAGUGGCGGAUUUUGGUACGAGCUCCCAAGCAUGAUUUCCUGAUGAAAUGGCUGUACUGAUGAUGGCUAAUAACAACAUCAGUUGCAGCAAGAACAACAGCAGCAACAGCAAGGAAGAAAAACCAAUUUUCCAUGAUUUUCUAGGCAUGAGCUGUGCUUCCGAUUCGCCUCCUCCUAUAGCGGUGAAGAGUGUCGGUUUUGGUGGGGAAAGCCGUCCAUCAGAGGCGUCUGCCUCGGCUUCUGUCUCUGUUGGAGCUUCUUCUGGUGGACAUGGCCCGGUCUCUGCCACUUCUGAUCUGGGUUCCGAAAGGCAGGUGGGUAACCAUUUUGAGGGGGUUCCGUUUUAUGGCUCGAGGAGUGAUUUCUCUGCGGCCGAGAUAAAUAAUAGAUUCCCAGGAAGAAAGAGGAGUAAUUCAGAUUCUAUGUUUAUGGGGUCAACAAAGGAUAGAAUGCCUCAACUAGGACAAGACUCCCUUGAAGGUUCUCACUUCUUGAAGAUAUUCCGAAAUGGAGCUGGGGGAGAGAAACCAAGAAGGUCCCAUGAUGAGGAUCUGUUCUUUGGUAUGCAACCUCCAAGGCCAUCUUCUAAUUCUCCAGUCUUAUUGCAUCAGCCUAUUUGCAAUAGACCUGAUUCUGUUGGUUCCAAGUGGGAAAGAUCUAUGAUGAUGAGUGUGGGGCCCGUGAUACAAUACCCUCCGCCUAUGGGGCAAUAUGCAUCCUUUGUGGAUAAGGUCUCUUCAAACAGAUACAGAGAGGCCAAUGCAGGUCCAUCACUAAUUUCUCAACCAGCUGCUGAUGAAGGCUCUAGAACAGGCAUUAAAGGGACUGGAAUUUUGAGUGCCAUUAAUGCCAAUAGUGGAACCACUGAGAGGAACUCAUCUGGAGUGUCUCUGAGCUGCAACAGACUGAAUUCUGGACCUCAAACUGCUGACCCUGAAUCUUCGAAUCCACCUAGUCGACAUGGAUUAACCUCUACUAGUCGGCAAAUGACUAUAUUUUAUGCAGGACAAGCACAUGUUUUUGAUGAUGUUCACCCAAACAAGGCAGAUGUCAUAAUGGCUCUAGCUGGAUCGAAUGGGGGGUCAUGGUCAACAACUUAUUCACCAAAGUCUAGUGUGCGACCAUGCCUUAAUGAAGCUCAUUUUCCUAAUGAAGAGACUGGAAUUGGUAAAAGCAACAUGGGAUUCCAACAGGAGUUGCGUGGGAGGUUACCAAUUCCUGGGAGUUCCAGUCAUGGAAUCAAUCAAGGUGGUCGGAUUUCAACAAUCCAAGUUGAUCCUCGAAUCUUAUCCUCAGGGGCCCAUCAAGGUGGCACUAUAGUAAAGGAAACAAGUUCUCUGGCUCAAGCGGCAGAGGUUGAUACGAAAGGAAAAAGAGAGGUAGGAUCAUAGGAAAGGUCAAAGGCAUUCCAUACUCCAAUCCUAUUGACAGUUUCUUGGAGUUUAAGUUGCCUUUGGUAUCUCAUGGGUUUUAAGUCUUAUGUUUCAGCAGACAUAAAUCAACCGUAGGAUUCAAGUUCAGAAAGCCAUAUCUCCUUACUUUACAUUCCCUGAUUUCAUAUUCUAUUUGAAUUGGUUCAUUUUGCUCUUUGGCGUUUC